AUGGCGAUGCGACUGUGUGCCCGCCGAGCAGUGGCGCAGGUCCGCAACCUGCACCUGAGCAGUGUCCGGCCGGCCGGAACUGCUGCCCGCCGCACGCUGGAGGCCAAUGAUCCAUAUCAGACACUCAGCGUUGAGCGCGAGGCCUCAAGCCAACAGAUCAAGGAACGCUACUACAAAGAAGCCAUGCAGUUGUAUCCAGACUGCUGUGACGGCCGUGACUCGCCCACGGCCAUCCGACGUUUUGACGAGUUGUCGGGUGCGCUGCGCGCCAUUCUACACCAGCGAGGUGAGCUUGAGAAUGGGGCCGUCAAGGAGGACGACCCCGACUACAUGCUCAGUUUGGUUGGCAAGGAUUUGAACGAGGAAGAGCGCCAGCAGUUUGCCGAAGUGGGCCGGCACUACCAGGCUGGGGGCCCACACCGCAGCGAUAUGUGGGAGCUGGCUCACGAGAUGGAGCGCUCCGAACGCAGUGGUACCGACCCCUCCAAACCCACCACCGAAUCCGAGGCCGAUGGCAACGCGCUGGCCAACCGUGGCGGUCGCGUU